CCUUCCUCCACUCUCUUAUUGCUCUUCAGGUCCUCUGUUCCAUAGGUGUGACUGUCUUGUGCCCUAGAGCUCUUUGGCUUUGGUAAAAUGUCAACAAUCCUGAAAUGGUUUGGACGGGAAGAUAAAGAGGAGAAGGACAAGAAAGAGGAGAAGGAAGAAAAAGAGAAGGAAAAGACUGAGGGAGAAAGAGAGAAGGAGAAACAGAAGAGGAGGAAGAAGGAAGAAGAAAAGCAGGGAGAUGGGGAAGAGGACAGGAGCAGCAGCAGCUCUGACAGUGACUUGGAGGAGGACCAAGGCAUUGCCAAGGAUGAUGAGAAGGAAGACAAGGAUUAGUCUUUCCAUGCUGGAGCAGC